CCCGCGCCCAACUGUUCACUGCGUUCACAUCUUAAUUUCAUCAAAUUCGCAGCCUCCGUCGCCGGUCCAUUGGCGGGCUUUUCUUCUUCUGUUUUCGCCAUUUCGUUACUUGACGCCCUGAAAACUCGAAAGAGAGUUAUGGCAGCAGCGUCUUUUAAGUGGAUACUUCAAUUACACAAGGACGUUCCCAGAGCCGCAAGAUUCUACUCAGAGGGCUUGGACUUUACUGUUCAUGUCUGCACUCUUCGUUGGGCGGAGCUUCAGUCCGGGCCUCUCAAACUCGCUCUCAUGCAAUCCAAUGACCAUAUUGUGCAACAGAAGGGAUAUUCUUCGCUGCUAUCAUUCACGGUGACAGAUAUUAACAGCACGGUAACCAAAUUAAUGGCAAUGGGAGCUGAAUUAGAUGGUCCAAUAAAGUAUGAAAUACACGGAAAGGUUGCAUCCAUGCGAUGUAUUGACGGUCAUAUGUUGGGCCUUUAUGAACCAGCAUAAGAGCUCAGAAUUAACGUUCUUAAAUACUAGCAACAUAUGGAGGUAGCAGUGUGCUUAUGGUUUCUUCAGUUCCACCAAAGGCAAGGAGAAGACAUGGGAUAUCACAUUUUCCUUCGGAUUUCCUUGAAUAAUUUAAUUAGAGCUGUACGCAGUUUGUAAAGCGUAGGGCCUGAAGACAUUAAGAAAAUGUUCAAUUGUAGGUUUGGAAGGACUAGGGAGCUUCUUAAAUCAUCUUGGUAUUUACCAGUCAAUAAGAUGGGAUACUUCUUGUUAUCCAUAUCUCCAAGAAUCGACAGGAAAUCAUUUUUUGAUACUUUUGGCUGGACAUCUGCUCGUUUCUGCCUGCUUGUAGAGUUUUCAUCUUGUACCUGUGUGUCAAAACAAUUAGUUUUGACUUCAAAACCUUAUCUUAUAUGGUCACUUUUUGGUCUGUUAUAUAGCUACUAAUUCAAAUUUCAAUGUCACGGAGAAGGUUCUGAGGAGAAAUUUUACUGCUAAAGAAUAUAACUUAGUUUCUAUGAGAAGGCCAGGCUUAUGCAAUUGCAUGCUGCCAUUGCUUUAUAGGUGGAUUCUCCUGAUAUCCUUACCUGGUUAAUCUGAAGUGGGUAUACAUAUUUGCAUGGAAAAAAUGGUGUAGCCCCAACCUCCUUGACUGAAAAUCUAAACCUUGAUGCUGUUUCUACAUUCACAACUCUUCUUGUCUGAACAUCUUUCAGGUUGUAACUGUGCCCAACGGAUACUCGGCUGAGCGAAUUUUCUGUAAAGAGAAUUGAACCCAUUGUUUCAUGUUUCAAAAUUGCGCUCGUAAGCUAGAACAUUUAUAAUAGAAGACAUUGUUGCAGGGUAUUGCAAAUAUUGCAUUCUCAAGGCUUGUAGAUUCAAAGGGAUCCCCGGAGAUAUAAAGUUUCAUCUAAUUGCCCCUGCUGCAACCUCAUCAUUGGUUUGAGGCACUGAAUUCAAGAAUGAAUGGAUGACUAUGGUAUGAAAGCUUUACCAGUCCAUGAGUAUCAAAACCAAAAGCCAAGCUCGGAAGCUCUCCUGCGUAUGUAUAAGCAAGAAAGGAGAUAGCCCAUUUUGCAGUUUUCCUUUUCCAAAUAGCUACAGAAGUGAAGAAAAAAUGAACUUGUUUAUGAGUCCGGUGGGCUCUUUUUAUAGAAGUGGGGUAAAGUUCAGGCUUGUGAACUUACAGAGCAACGUUGGCACCUUCAUUAUGUGCUGCAAUGGCCAUGUAAUCACUGAAAACAAGAAGAUCAGAACAAUCAACUUCUAAAAGUACGUCCUUCUGAAGAAAUGGAAGAAUCUCCUUCCUGAAGUUGACUAGAAUAAUCUGCAUAUUAAUUUUGAACAAGGUCAUCAUAGCCAGAACAGAAAACCAGAGAGCUUGGAUAAAGAGAGGCUGUGACACUGGGGCUGGCUCGAGCAAAAGGAAGGAGCUGGUCACGAAGGACAAGGUCAUUCUCCAAUCUGUUCUUCAUUGUAUCAGAGAUGAGCAGAUUUGCAUGGGACCAAUUUCAAACAUCUCCCCUUCAUUUCCCUCCAUAUCCCAAAUUUUGUUAUUUCUCUGCUCUUUCUUUUUAUGAUGUUUUGGUGUAGGUGAUUCUGAAACUGUGAUAUAUAAUAGGGUCUUUUCGCAUUCUCGA